CUUCGGUCGCCGCCGUCUCCACGUCUGCCACCGCCACCACCAUGCUCUCAGUCCGCACCCCACUCGCCACCAUCGCGGACCAGCAGCAGCUGCAGGUCUCGCCGCUGAAGAGGCUCAGCCUGGCCGACAAGGAGAACACGCGAUUUAGCCAAGAAGUUCAAGUUACAGAAGCCCGCUGUUUCUAUGGCUUCCAAAUUGCCAUGGAAAACAUACAUUCUGAAAUGUAUAGUCUCCUUAUUGACACUUACAUUAAAGACCCCAAAGAAAGGGAAUUUCUCUUCAAUGCCAUUGAAACAAUGCCUUGUGUGAAGAAGAAAGCCGAUUGGGCCUUGCGUUGGAUUGGGGACAAAGAGGCUACCUAUGGAGAACGUGUUGUAGCCUUUGCUGCUGUGGAGGGAAUCUUCUUUUCUGGUUCUUUUGCAUCAAUAUUCUGGCUCAAGAAACGAGGACUGAUGCCUGGCCUCACAUUUUCCAAUGAACUUAUUAGCAGAGAUGAGGGUUUACACUGUGACUUUGCCUGCCUGAUGUUCAAACACCUGCUGCACAAACCAUCAGAGCAGAGAGUGGAGGUACAGGUGGAGGCACUGGUGGAGGCACUGGUGGAGGUACUGGUGGAGGCACUGGUGAAGAAGAGUAUCUUCCUAGAGCUUCGCUUUAUAAUCAUGCCCAACAUCAAACAGGGAGGUACCAAGCCAUAUGGGGCUUAG